AUCAUCUUCAGCCCGUGGUCGCCGUGCAGGACUGGGCGCGGCGCGAUCCACUCAACCCGGGGCUCCAGCCCGCUCUCCCGCGUCUCUCCUGGCUCUCCCCGCACCUGCUCCAGGGCCAAGACCGGGAGAGCCCCACGGGCUAGCUCCCAGAACCCGCUAGGCACAGCUAGCGGACCUCGGCAGCUCCGCCUGAUCCAUUCAUUGAGAGCCGCGUAUUUUCCCGGAGCCCCAGUCCCCCGCCUCCUCCAGCUCGGAGCCGCGGGUAGCGCCAUGGAGAAGAGCAGCGAGACCAACGGCUACCUAGACAGCGCCCAGGCGGGGCCUGCAGCGGGGCCUGGCGCGCCGGGGAGCACGGCCCGACGCGCGCGGCGCUGCGCUGGCUUCCUACGGCGCCACGCGCUGGUGCUGCUCACAGUGUCCGGAGUGGUGGCGGGCGCCGGCCUGGGCGCGGCGCUGCGUGGGCUCAAGCUGAACCGCACACAGGUCACCUACCUGGCCUUUCCUGGAGAGAUGCUGCUCCGCAUGCUGCGCAUGAUCAUCCUGCCGCUGGUGGUCUGCAGCCUGGUAUCGGGCGCCGCCUCCCUUGACGCCAGCUCUCUCGGGCGCCUGGGCGGCAUCGCCAUAGCCUACUUCGGCCUCACCACGCUAGGCGCCUCGGCUCUCGCAGUCGCUUUGGCGUUCAUCAUCAAGCCUGGAUCUGGCGCGCAGACCCUUCAGUCCAGCGACCUGGGUCUGGAGGAGACGGGGCCCCCACCGGUCCCCAAAGAGACAGUGGACUCAUUCCUCGACCUGGCCAGAAACCUGUUUCCCUCAAAUCUUGUGGUUGCAGCUUUCCGUACGUAUGCAACCGACUAUAGAGAGGUGACCCACAACACGAGCACUGGAAACAUAACCCGUGAAAAGAUCCCCAUUGGCACCGAAAUUGAAGGUAUGAACAUUUUAGGAUUGGUCCUUUUUGCCCUGGUGUUAGGAGUGGCCCUGAAGAAACUCGGCUCUGAAGGAGAAGAGCUCAUUCGUUUUUUCAAUGCCCUUAAUGAGGCGACAAUGGUGCUGGUGUCAUGGAUUAUGUGGUGAGUAACGUACCUGUUGGGCAUCAUGUUCCUGGUUUGAAGCAAGAUUGUGGAAAUGAAGGACAUCAAUCGUGCUGGUGACAGCCUGGGGAAAUAUAUCUUCAACAUCUAUAUUGGGCCAAUUAUUCACGGAGGAAUCGUUCUGCUGCCACUUAUUUAUUUUGUCUUCACGAGAAAAAACCCAUUCAGGUUCCUCCUGGGCCUCCUCACCCCAUUGCAGACAGCAUUUGCCACCUGCUCCAGCUCUGCAACCCUCCCCUCUAUGAUGAAGUGCAUUGAAGAAAACAAUGGUGUCGACAAGAGGAUCAGCAGGUUCAUCCUUCCCAUCGGGGCCACUGUGAACAUGGACGGGGCGGCCAUCUUCCAGUGUGUGGCCGCAGUGUUCAUUGCCCAGCUCAACAACGUGGAGCUGAAAGCAGGCCAGAUCUUCACCAUUCUAGUGACAGCCACAGCGUCCAGUGUGGGAGCAGCAGGUGUGCCAGCUGGAGGGUCCUCCACCAUCGCCAUUAUCCUGGAGGCCAUCGGGCUGCCCACUCAUGACCUCUCUCUCAUCCUGGCCGUGGACUGGAUUGUGGACCGCACCACCACCGUGGUGAACGUGGAGGGCGAUGCCCUGGGUGCAGGCAUCCUCCACCACCUGAAUCAGAAGGCGAUGAAGAGAGGCGAGCAGGAGCUGAGCGAGGUCAAAGUGGAGGCCGUCCCCAACUGCAAGUCGGAGGAGGAGACGUCACCCCUGGUGACACACCCAAACCCCACCGGCCUUGCGGCCAGCACCCCCGAGUCCAAGGAGUCAGUUCUGUGAUGGGGCUGGGCUUCCAGCUUGCCUGCUGGGGAUGCCCGCCCCAUCGGUCCGGUCGGCAGACCCGGGCGCCGCCUUCACUGACUUUUAGCCUCCCGUGCAAUGCUUUGGCCCAGUCACUGUUUGAGGAUUAUGUCCCAGCACAGGCAUUGGGCUCCCAGCGGGAACUGGUUCCCAAGGACCAGGACACUCUGCCAUUUGGCUUACCAUGUCUAGGUGCAACUGUGUACAACCCAGCUCUGUUUGGAAACACACCCUCGAGCUGCCGGGCGCGGGGCAUAACAGGCUCACAGGACCUGGUGGUUAAAGCUUGGAAAAUGCACAUGUUACUUCACUGCACCCAGGAAAGCUCAACAUUGGGUGCUUUCCGGGCAGACCUGGACGGGUGGCAGUCAUCUGUCGCAUUGCCUCGUGAGCCAUAGUAAUUGGAAAAAUUCCCAAAUUCAUAGCCAUGGCUGGGAUUCGUUGAGCUGGGCCUCAGGUGUUGAGAGUCUGCACAUCGGCGUGACUGGCUUCUGGGUCACUAGGCUGGAGGCGCUGCACGUCGUCGAGUUAGAAAUACUCCAUGGUGUUAGCACUGCUAGGGUCUCUGGUCAGUGGCACUAAGUAAACAGUUACAUUCUGAAGUCCAACACACACACACACACACACACACACACUCUAAUGUCCCCAUUCUGGCCCCAGCCCUGGGGAGGUUUUCUGCCUUCAUGACCUGGGCCUAUGUCAACACUGUAGCUCUAUACCCAUCCACUCUGAUUUGGCAACAGGCCAGAGAGGGGCCCCCUCCUCUGGGGAGGUGUGGUGUGGUCAUCACAUUCAGGACCCUGGCUGGUCUAGCAAUACAUUUUAAUCCAACUAGACCCUCCCUAAAAUGCUGCAUUGCAGCAAAAACAAAUAUUUAAAAAACCCCACAAACCCACCCCUUCACUGGAGUGAGGUACCCCUGUUCCCAGAUGCCCUAGCUUUGGCUGAUUUCCAUAGACUUGGUUUCCUUUCCCUCCAGGACAUCAAAGUGUAAAUUUAUAAGCUAAAUGGUCCACCUGAUACUUACUGACUUGAGCUGAACCUAGGGGAGGGGGCUUUACGGAGAGAACAAGCAUUGCCCGGGACAGGGAAGGAAAACCUAAAAGGCACUAGACUGCUAUUUCUCUGUGGCUGUUGGUGUGUGUCUGUGGGGUAACCUGCAGCAAGUCCUGGAGCCUCACUUUACCCCAUUAGUACAAUGGGGCUGAUGUCACCUGCCUCUUACCUACCUCAGAGGGAUUUGGUGAGGCAAACUGAGUGAAUCCGCGAAAAACGACCAUUUCGCAUUUUGCUUCUUGGAUAUCAAGUGCUAACACCCCCGUACCCUCCUUACUGUUACCUAAGUGAUACCUAAGUUCUCCAGGAGGCUCCUUCUUCUGGGGAGGACAGCUUUCAUGAGCAGGGCUUUGUUCUGUGUGCAGGAGCAACUUUCAUCACGUCACUUGUUCUCUUAGUAGUUUCUUGUCAGCAUCAAAUGCAGCCUCUUCCUGAUGUCCUUCAUCUUUUUGUGAAUUAACUACCCCACCUCCCAGCACACUUCUGGGUACCUGACCUCCCUGGGACUCCCAGACCCAGGCACCAUUUCUGCCACCGCACACUGGCCAUUAAAACUCCCAAACUUUCAUUCCCUUGUCACAACUGUAAUGGGGGGAGGGGGGACAGAGAGAGUGAAGCUCCCCUGUAUUAAGAUUGGGGGGCAUGGGCCUGAGCGGAAUGGGUGGGGAAGAGCCAAGGGGCACAGAGCAGACCUGGCCCUUUUCCCUUCAGCCCUCUUUAAACCAGCUAAGUCAUUCCCGCCUCCUAUGAAGCAGGAGUGACCAGGAGCUGGGCUGAGAGGUGCCUGGAAGCCUUGACCCUCUGGCUUGUUGCUGAUGCCUUCUGUUUUCAAAGGGGAAACAAUCACAUUGAUGGAUCCCAAACUGCAAAUGAACAUUCACUAUUUUUCAGGUGUCACUAGAUCUCAUCUUUCCUUCUUCCACAUAUAUACAUGGCCAUGUACGUACACAUACAUAUAUGCAGCAUGUAUGUGGGAGGUAUACAUGCAUGUAACAUCUGUAUGUAUGUGUGUGUGUAUAUUUUAGCUCCAGUCCGGGCAAGUUUGAAUUUGGACAGAGGUGGACUAACUGCAAGUUGCAUGUCUUUGGCAUCCUGAUUUUCCUGUUCCUAAAGGUGAAUUUUACAAAACAUGGACAGUAGAGCUGGACAAUCAGACCCAGGGACUGCACAUCCUCUAUCCUGGACCUGGGAUUGCGGUGAGGGGAGCGCCGUGCCUGGGGAAGGGUGCUUCCUUGUAAAAUCCAGAUGGUGAUUGCUCCCCUUCCCUUGGCUUUCUCCCUGUUUUUCUGUCCGCAACAGGAAUCAGACCAGGAGUGACCCGGCUGGGGAAAAUGCCACUUUCUCAUUGUCUGAAGAUGUCUCCCCUGCUCUUCUAACAUGUUGUCGUAAAUACUGUUCAUCUCUGACUGUUUUGUAUGUGUGACACUUGCCUUAAAACAUAGCAGUCCUCAAAAAUGAAUACAGCCUUUCUACUAGGAUCUGCAUGUUC